AUGGGCUGUGGCCAAAUAAAGAAUGGACCUCCUUUCACAUCUACUUUAUUUGAACUUCAACCAAAAGUAAUUCUCCAGCAAAGUACUCCAGACAAUGCUUCUGAGCCUUUUAAUUGUCAAAAUGUUUAUCACAUUGAAGAUCUCAAUAAUUCGAUUCUAAAAGAAAAGAUCCGUGAAGUCAGAGUGAAGCAUAUUCAUUAUAACUCACUUGACUUGAAUAAUGAAAUAUCCCUUAUCAAGGGAAAAUACAUCGGAUUAGUUUCGGUUAAGGAUGCUUUUUUUUCUCAAUGCCAUGCUCAGUGCAUUAAGGACUUCCAAAUUACAGAUGGGAUAUUUAUUAUGCCUAUUUAAAUACCCUGUAUAUAUAGUAAUUAUUUUUUAUAUAUAAUUGUUGGGAACUUAAAUGGUAUAUGCUAUUAAGUAUUUAUGCAUCAAACCCGUCAAUUAUCGCAAAAUUAAAAGCUUCCCACUCCCCCCCCUAUAAAUUGGAACAAAAUAUCGGUAAAAAUUUCCACUUUUUUGGUAAAUUAACCCCCCUUUAAAUUGGAACAAAAUUUAAUUUUAUAAUAAAAAAAAUUAUAUAUAAUUUUUAUCUAAAAAGUUUUGAUAUAAGUUAAAUGUUUCUUCUUAACUAAAAUUAAAAAUUUAUUUAUAUCUUGCUCUUUUUUAAAGAAAAAAGUAUAAAGAGCAUCUUAUUUAAAUAAAUUUAUUAUCCUUAAUUGGUAAAUUUUAAAAAAAAAUUAAUUUUUAUUUUUUAAAAAACUUUCAAAAAAAUUUUUGUUUUUUUUGAUAAAAAUGAUAUUUUUUAUUUGGAUAGUUUUGAUAUAAAUUCAAUAGGAAUUUCUUUAUAAAAUUUCAAAAUUUACUUAUUUCUUGCUUUAUUUUAAAGAAUAGAGUAUAAAUAACAUCCUAUUUAAACAAAAUUAACACUUUGAUCGAUAAAUUUUCCAAAAUUUUUUUUUUUUAAUUUUUUUUAUCAAUAAAAAAUAAAAAUUUUUGUGUAAAUAAUUUUGAUACCAAUUAUUAGUGGCGUAUUAACUAAUAAUGAAAAUUUAGUUAUAUCUUGCUUUGUUUUAAAGGAUAAAGAGUAAAUAGCGUUUUAUUAAACAAAUUUAUUGAUCUAAUUCGAUAAGUUUUUGAAAUUUUUUUUUUUUAAAUUUUUAUAUUUUUUUAUAAAAAAUUUUAUAUUGAUAUUUUUUUUUAAAAAAAAAAUUAACCCCCCUUUAAAUUGGAACAAAAUUUUUAGUUCCAAUUUAAAGGGGGGGGGGGAGUCAGAGUCCUCCAUAUAUCAGUAUUAACAAAGAAAGCCUGAGGACAGAAUCAAGAAAUAUUGUGGACGCUUGGGAUAAUUUUGCGAAUAAAAUGAAAGAGCUGAAAGAAACAUAUGCUGGGAUCCCAAUUGUAAGGAAAAGAAUGCAGCAAGCAAGAUUAACGCUGGAGAAUUAUUUAGUUGAAAUUGAUAGAUCUGAUCCUCCACGAGGGGAGCUAGUAGCUUUACAAAUAAACCAAAAUUUAGCUGAAGAGGGUAUAUCAAUUAUAUUCUUUUUAAUAUAAUUUUAAUAGAAAAUAUAUAAUAUAUAAAGAAAUGGUGGGCUUAGUGAAAAGGAAUAAAUAAGCUGGAAACGGAAUCAGAUAAGCUUCAUGAAGAUAUUAAAGAUUAUGUAAAAUCAAAGCUUGAUAAAGAAGAAGUCAUUAAUUUAGGAAAAGAAGCUAUUGCGUUAGAAGCUUAUGAUGGUAAUAAAAUUUUGCAUUCUGUUAUAGCUCCGAAAUUAUGCAUGAUCCCAUGUUUUUGUAUAUAAAUAAAAUUGUUUAUUUAAAAACAAUAAUUAGUAUAAGAUUAUAUAAAUAUACCUUUCUAGCCUAAAUACAUUAAAUUGUUAGAAAAUAGGAGGCAAAUAAUUAUUUCUCCAGUAAUUCUUAUCAUUUUUCUGUUAGCUUAAGUGAUAAUUCAGCUAAUUGAAGAAUAAAUAG